GACACCUUUGUCUUACCCUUGGCAGUUGGCUGAUUUUUACCACCCUGCUAUCCGUGCAGUCAAGUCGUAUUUUUCAUAACAAAGCAGUGUACUUCAAUAUCGCAAUGGAGGGGGGCGCGUGGUGCGCCCGUGACAUCUCACUUCGAGCACAAAAGAAGUUUCUGUCGCGCGUCGGCGGCACCGCCAGCGCGCGCGCACUCGUGCUCGACGAGCAUGCAGCCAAACUUCUGGACCAGUUCCUGUCGGUGCUCCGCGAGCGCAUGGAGAAGCGCGAGGCGGAGAAGCUGGUGAAGCACGUCAUCAAGUCAGCCGUGAAGCUCGGCGUGCUGCGCCGCCACGGGCAGCUGUCUGCCGCCGACGAGCGCGCGCUAGCUGCCUUCAGGUCCAAGUUCCAUACGGUGCUGAUGGCCGUGGUAUCAUUCUGCGAGGUGGACUUCUCAUACGACCGCGGCUUCCUUCAGGAUGCACUCCGCGAAUCUCACCAGUCCCUUAAGUCCGUAGUAGAGCGGCACCUCUCAGACAAGUCCGUGUCCCGGCUAGCCGGCGUGUUUGGCAUCGCAUCUCGCGGUGAGCUGCUCGACGCUCUGUUCUCCGGCCAAGUGGACGAGGACGUCCUCAAACUCUCCCGAAUGCUCCGCAAAGAACUGGACCGAGGCCUUCUAUAAUCACGCACCACACGCGUCCUGUGCCGUCCUUAACCAAAGCUAAACGUACCACGUAGCCCGUACUAAGGUACCCUGUACCAAGGUACCCCGUACCAAGGUACCUCGUACCAAGGUACCCCGUACCAAGGUAUUUGGACGAUUUACCUCACGCGAGGCCAUUUUGUCGUAGAGAACGUCUCUAGCACCGACAGUGGGAUCACUUACGAUAUCGUUAUCUCCAUAAAUGGAGAUUUGACUUUUAUUAGUAACAAUAUUUCUAGUUAGAUUGUAUGUUGAUACAAUUGCACGACGGAUCGAUUGUGGUGCCGGCUUGUUAAAAGAAAACUUUUUAAACCAUAAUGGACCGCAAACGCUAUUUAGUUGAUAACAUUAUCAAAAUAAAUCAGUGACUAAUUGGUCGGUUAGUGCAUAACAAUUGUUGCUGAUAAGGGAUGACUAAAAUAGCUCGUUGGAAUCAAGCCGGCAUAAUGUAGGGCAUUAUUGCUUGUCCAUUUGUUUUUUCAGCACACAAUUUUGAUUGAACCGUCAUUGGGAUGCUCUCUCACUACUUUCUGUGAUUCCAAAUAUUUGAAAACAGAUGUUAUCAAGACUCUUUUGAAUACUCAGUGAGUUUAUGUUAAACUUUAUACUAUAUAUUGGCGUUGAAAUAUUUAGAUAUAUGUACGUUUCGUUUUAAGGCAAUUAUUGAAAUUACUUCUGAAAAAUCAAAUAUUUCAUCAUCAAGAAAAAAAUGUCCAAUAAAUACAAAUUUUGUA